CAGGUGGCGCUCCGUGGGUGAACUGUGGGGAUUCCCUGUCAGCACACAGGAUGGACGCUCACUGACCCUCCUCGUCUCUCUGGCUACUCAUCAUUGUCAUCGUCAGCACCAUCAGAGCGAGCCUCAGAGACACCUGUCGCGUCUGCGGCUCCAGCGAUGAGGGAAUGGAGGAGUCCACGUCGCGUUACUGUGUUGGUGUGUUUGAUCGCGCUGCACGCACGGUCUGGCGCAGAGUCCAACACAACAGGAAACUUCAUUGCAGAGGACAUUGCAACAUUCACUAAAAUCCUGGACAGCCUGCUGGACGGGUACGACAACAGACUGCGACCAGGCCUGGGUGACCGAGUGACAGAAGUGAAGACGGACAUUUAUGUGACAAGCUUUGGGCCGGUGUCUGACACAGACAUGGAAUACACCGUAGAUGUUUUUUUCCGUCAGAGUUGGAAGGACGAGCGACUGAAGUUCCAGGGUCCAAUGAAUAUCCUUCCUCUCAACAACCUAAUGGCCAGUAAGAUCUGGACUCCAGAUACCUUCUUUCACAAUGGCAAGAAGUCAGUGGCUCAUAAUAUGACCAUGCCCAACAAGUUACUGCGGAUUAUGGAGGACGGAACUCUGUUGUACACAAUGAGACUAACAGUCCAGGCAGAGUGCCCCAUGCAUCUUGAGGACUUUCCAAUGGACUCACACUCAUGUCCUCUCAAGUUUGGUAGCUAUGCAUACACGAAGACUGAGGUCACUUACAUCUGGAGUCGUAAUGCCUCCCAGUCUGUGGAUGUGGCUGCCGAUGGAUCCAGACUUAACCAGUACGACUUGGUGGGUCAAACUGUGGGGGAGGAAACCAUCAAGUCCAGCACUGGUGAAUACACAGUCAUGACAGCCCAUUUUCACCUCAAGAGGAAGAUUGGCUAUUUUGUGAUCCAGACCUACCUGCCCUGCAUCAUGACCGUCAUUCUGUCCCAGGUCUCAUUCUGGCUGAAUCGGGAAUCAGUGCCUGCUAGGACAGUCUUUGGGGUUACAACAGUGCUGACAAUGACCACCCUGAGUAUAAGUGCCCGAAACUCUCUCCCCAAAGUGGCCUAUGCUACAGCCAUGGACUGGUUCAUUGCUGUCUGCUACGCCUUUGUCUUUUCUGCACUCAUCGAAUUUGCUACAGUUAACUACUUCACGAAAAGAGGCUGGGCCUGGGAUGGAAAGAGUGUUGUCACCGACAAGAAGAAGGAAGCUUCCAAUAUAAAGAAGAACAACGCCUAUGCUGUAGCUGUGGCCAACUACGCGCCCAACAUCACCAAAGACUCCACGCUGCCAACCAUCUCUAAGUUCUCUCUUACCAAUCCACUGAAACCCACGACUGAGACCAAAGCUGAACAGAACAAGAAGUCCUUUAACAGCGUGAGCAAGAUUGACCGCAUCUCCCGCAUCAUGUUCCCUGUCCUGUUUGGGAGUUUCAACCUAGUCUACUGGGCCACCUAUCUGAACAGAGAGCCAGUCAUAAAGGAUCUGAAUCCUGCAAAAUAAAGCACUGUGACUCCCUCUUUGACGGGCUACUUCUGUAAGUAACGGAGGUUACAUCGAGAGUUAGGACCAGUAAACAUGUAAAUCUUUAUUUUAUAUGAUUUAUUUGAUUACAUUCCACCUAUCAAACCCCAUAAUCAGACUCAUCUGCAGGAUUUAGACAACAUGCAAUAAUAACUUGGUAACGUGCUACCAUUUUAACUAGGCUUCCUGGAGCAACUGUAAUAUUGACAUUUUGUACUUUUGGAUACAGGAAUUGUUCAGUACUCUGACGCGAGCAUCUUUCUGCUACUAUCUAUAAUUCACUGAUGUACACUAUUGCUAUUUUAGAUACACCAUAUCAGGGGACAGAAAUUCUAGAUGACAGUACAUUUCUGUGAAUGUGGCAGCUCUGACUAGCUUUUCAGUGAGUUUGCCUGACCUCCUCUUGUUAGUGAUUCACUGGAAAUCGCCACUCUCUUGUAGGCUUUUUAAAAAUCUAGAUCGUGCAUCUACUUAUGAUCUUCUCUUUUCUGUCAUGCCAAGCCUGCCAUGUCAUUUUUCAACAAAAAAUAAUUCAGUGACACAUUGCCCUCCUAGAAAGGCACCUGGUCUCUGAGGUCUCUGAUGAUUUACAGAAGCAUAUCAUGAGGACAAAAAAAUGUGCAUGUUCAGCAGGCAGAUGUUUCCCAACAAAGUCAUGACAUUGUUGUGAUAAACUGGUCCCUAAGUGUAGCUAUAGCUUUAACUCUCACUUUUCUCAGAAGCAUACACCAGAAGGAUGAAAAUAAUCCAUAUCAUUCAGUGUGCAUGAGCCAAAUCCUAAAAUCUUUCAAUAUAUUAUUAAUAUUUUGCAAUAAAGUUGGAAACAUGUCAUUACACAUUGUUACUGUAGUACAGGUCUUAUAUUGUCAAUGUUCUUAUUCUUGUAUUUGUGAUCCACAUCUUUAUCAAUCAUCUUACAACCCUUUUUGGUGGCAAUUAACCUGUAAAGAGAACUUCAGAUAACUUAAGAUGAAUAUUCUUAUGCCUCCUUGCUGGCACAAUGCAUUUUCCCCUCAUCUCCCAUCUUUUUCUGUCAUGUGUGUUAGUUUCUCCCUCUUUGAUAGGCACUGAGGUUUGCCUCUUUAUAACUAGUUUGGGGUGAUCUGGGGUAUUCUGCUGCAUGAAAAAGCUUUAGAUGGAGAAUAGUUUUUUACAGUACAAUAAAUACGUAGAGGAUAAUAUAUAUCAUGGGUCUGAAUCGCAAAAGGGCAAUGUGGGUGCAGGCUAUUGUUCCAAACAAACAAGCUGCAAAAGGCUGAUGUGCUCCUGAACGAUUGGGCUAAAAAUCUGCUCCCACGCGACCUUAUGGGAUUCAGUUUGACACCUGCAAUAUGUUUCUAGCUUUUAUUUUGUUAAAUUACUGUGAUAUCAGAGGGUGCACCUAGACAACCCCAAGCGUCACUCUGUGAAAUAAUGUGAAAAGUUUCUUUCUGGAUCCUUAGGCUAGGCUGUCAUGCCAGAGGUGUCUGCAAACAGACAGGCUGCACAGUCGACAAAUGACAUUCACGCAGACGUGCCAGAUCAACCAUGAAUCUUACCCAUCACACAGAACACAUUAGAACAACUCUAAACGUUUAAAAAAAUCAAUAGAAUUAGAAUCUGGCACAUGUUUAAUGGCAUUGUCUUUCUCUUCUUGAGCAUACACUUUCUGUAACUAGUUCCUUGAAGGAGAAAUAGAUGGUGGAUAGUUCCUAGAUUUAAUGGCUUUGUUGGAAGAUCUUAUGGAAACAAGUCUCACUCGAAGAAAAUCCUGACUUACAGAUGUCAAGAUUCAGAGUCGCUUUAGAUGUGUGGUUCAUAAACUGGUUAGUGGGGUCGUCUCUUUCAGAUUUAUUGACGACCAGCUUUGCUCUGGAAUGUGGUUCAUAAUCAAAUAGGAACCAAAUUGUCUCUUGGUGUGGGACUGAAGAGAAAAAUAUCAAAGAGUAGAUCGCGACCUGUGUCACUGAAAAUAGAUUUUUUUCUGCGUCUUUAUAAAUAGACCAAAGGUUUUAUUUGUCUAUUUGUUUGGAAAUUGCUGAUAACGGCAUCUUCUUUGUUGGCUGAAGAAAUGCAUCACAAACAAAAACUACUGCCCCCAGCUAAGACGAGUGAGCACUGAAAGAAUGGGCUACAGCCCAGUGAGUCAUGAGGGAAGAGACAUGAAAAGGAAAAGUUGAGGGUUGGAGACAGAGCCAGCAAGCCCACUUACUUAAAAAAUCGGGUUCCUUCACAUGCUCAAGAUACUCAGGGUGGUUCUGUGGUUCUCUUGCUUAGGAAAAAAAUAAUAUUUACUCCUCUGGAUUGCAUUACAUGUGGUUUGCACUCGGUACAGUAGAUUUCAAAAAUCAGUGGAGAGUGGGUGGGAGACAAUUGAGGGCUAGCACUGAGUCACCUGGUGCAAAAAUCACACCCGCUUUUGAGAGCAUCCAGGGCAAGAAUCCACCUCUUCAAGCACACUCAAGUCUGAGACUAUAGCCCAGCUUGAACUAUUUGAAUGGGUGUGAAAGCCCUUUAGACCAGGGGUUACCAAACUGUUCCAGAAAGUGGGUGGGGACAGUGGGUGCGGGUUUUAGUUGCAACCAAGGCAGCUGCUGCUAGUUUCAGCUGACUCCUGGUUGGUUAAAAGUGUGCCUUUUUGGUAAAGUUUGGUGACCCCUGCUCUGGAUGUUUGCAUGUGCAUCAGGAAGUAAGUCAGAGCCUGGGUGUUUUCCCUUUGGUGCAAUCUGUAACUGAGCAACUUUUUUAGCAAGGCUUUUUAGCUCAGUUUCUGCUUGUAUAUUUUACGAGUGUUUUUGGACACAGAAUCCUCUGUGUAGAAUAGGUGCCAUAGGUGCCACAACACUCCACUUGCUCUGUACACAGUCACCCAUGUUUGGUUUUAUCGCGUUAAAAGUCACUGGGUGUUGUGCAAAUGCAAGCCAGACCUUCUCCAUGUCUUUAACAUUGAGUAGUUGUGAUGGUUGCACGAUGAGUUGUUGUUUUUGGGUUUUUUUUUGUCACUUCAGCACUUUCAAAUGUUCCACACAGCCAUCCACCUAACACUACAUGUUUGUUACUAUCCACACUAGAGCGGUUACAUUCACAAACUAGCUGAGUCUUUUGAACAGCGUAUUAACAUGAACGAUUGGAACCAAGUUGCAUUUGGUUUGCAGAGGGAGCAUGGGAAGUGCUUAUUUCACAUUCAUGUGGAUAUUUGAGGGAGGAGUGGGAGAGGGUGGCAUCACUGCUGCACUAUAAGAUCGCUGAGACACACACAAGUAAUGUUUAAAUAGUAAGCGAUGAUGGAAAAGUGUUUAUGUUGUCUUCAAGGCAGAAACCGCUGAGCUUCGUAUUUGUGAUGUCAGCAUUCUGAUUAAUCCCGGGACAGUUUUUAAUCUGCAUUUUUUCUGAUUUACCCCACACCCACAAUACAUGUAUUUACGUUUCCAAUCACAUGGGCUCACUAAUAUCUGAGUGAGUGUCAGCGGCAGUCUGUGUGAGUGUUGAGGUGAUGCUGCGGACUGUAGUGUAGUGUCUCAUUGUGACUCUCUAAAAUGACUUCACAGUGACCAAUGAUGAAUAAAACUACCCAACACAAACCUUUAGUUUAGGUGAUGAUUCUGAGUAAAAUUGUUCUUCAACAUCUUCUUAAGCUGGACAAACUGUUGUAUGUUUGAAUAAAUGUAUGUAUUUUACCCAAUGUCAUGCUUGCAUUUCUAAUUUCUGAUUUCUUUUGCACCAUACCCUCAAGUUGUAGUGGUUUAAGUGGAUAGUGAGGCUUCAAAAAUAUGCACUAUUUCCGGUUCGAACCAAAAGUGAAUGGUAGAGAUGUUCCGGAAGCCGAUGUCACACGGGCCAUUCCACAAGACUGUCAGGUAAUGACCAAAAGGGGAGAAACAGCAUCAGGGUGGUCAGUAUUUUCCGUGCCAUGUAUGUGACAAUGAGACUUAUAACACACUUCUAACUUAACAGAAGAAUGUGCUAUUGAAUAUAUAUCAAGAGACAUAGAACAGCAUAUGUGCUUGUUUUGUGUUGGUGCCCAGUCACAAGUGUCUCUGCAUUGCUUAACCAUGGGGUCCAGAUUUUUUGCUUUGCCAUUAUCUGAGAUGGAAGCACAGAUUUGCGAUGCAGUGGAGUCUGGAAAAGUUACUGCUACUCCUUCAGCACCAAUAUAACUGCCUCUCACUGUCAAAGUGGGUAGUUCUCCAUUUUCAGUGACUUCUUUAGUCAGCGUGUCAAACAACACAUCAUUAUUAUCAUCUGGUACCAGAGAAUAAUUCAAUGCAACGUGAUAGGGGUCAGAGACAGAAGCGUAGGGUUUCAGACAGCAUGCUUGAACAGCAAUGACCACUGGACUGGUCCCGGGAUGAUCUAUCAAACCUCACCAUACUGUAUAUGUGUAUGUGUCAUUUUCAUGUGCAAAUGGGUCAGUCAUUUGUAAUAAGUGACAUGUAGCACAAAUAAUUACGACUAACCACUGACCAUUGAAUUAUGGUCGUCAACAAGUACAGGUAUGUAAAUCAACAGUCACAGCAAACACAAUAAUCCAGAAUACAGAAUCCAAAAUGUAUUAAUGGCCACUGGCAAAUACACAGCAUCUCAAGGAACCCUCUCUCAAAUCCUAAAAAGGGUCUUCCACCUGAACCAGUGAGCUGUCGCGGCAUUGGACUGUGUCAAAGAAUGUCAUGGCACCAUGGUCAGAACCAAUAUUUACCUGACAACAUGACAAAUGCAUAUAAUGAUAUUGUAUUAUCAUGUUGUAGGAAGUCGCACCUUUAGUGACAUUGACAUGCAAACCAUUUGGUGCCUCAUGACCUACUGCCACAAUAACCAAA